UUACCGAUAUCAUGUGACCGAGGCUCGAGGAGUAAGUCCCAUGAUGCGUUUAGAGUUGGGAUUUUGAAAAAUGGCGGCUUCGGGGAAGGACAGACUAUUUCACUUUAAAUCGAGAUUAGAGGAGCUUGAUUGCCCAUAUCUCGGUGGUGUCGAAGAUUCAUGGAUGGAAGAGCUGCUGUUCAAACCAGGAGAACCAAGGUUAAGACUUCUGCAGUGGAUGCUAGCAAAGUUUGAUCCAGUUAUGUACAAUAUGCUGGAGAACCAACAGAGUAAGGCUUUAGGGAGAAAUGACUCUAGACUUCAAAAGUUGCUGUUUUCAUGUCAUUUGUUGGGACUUUGUAAAAGUGAUGAUAUUGACCUUGUUCAGGGUACCAAGUCUAGAAACAAACAAGCAGCAUUUUGGGAAAACCUGAUAGAUCUUGUCAGUGCAGUAGAGUCGUCAGGUCAGAUUCAUCACUUUACAACCCCAAUAAGAACAGCAAGUUUACAGUCUGCAGCUCAUUUCUCUUUGGACGACCAAUUCAAGAAUGACUGUUACUUCUUUGAUGCACUGUGUCGCCAAAAUGACCUUCAGGAUAUUUUUAGGUCAAAAGUUCAGCUCUACCCUCCUGACUUGGUAAAAACUACAUCAGGACUGGAACAUAAAAAAAUACCUGAUGAGAAACAGUUGAUGUCCGUCACAGAAAAGUUGGCGAAUGAAUUGGAAGAACAGAGCAAACAGCUGGACGAGCUAAGAGAAAAUGCUCCUCUAUGUGAUGCUGACGCUAUAACAGUUGAGAAAGUGAGCAAAACACUGUCUCUAUCACUCACCACCAUGGCUCAGGUUGUGUCUGGAUUUCUUCACUGCUUUGAGACCGAGAUGAAGCCUUGGUGUAAAAGACCAGCACCUUUACUGUCAGAGGUUGGCCCAGCAUUCAGUAGAGUUCAUUCACUUUUACUGAGAUAUACAGAGCUGCUGCAAAGCUUGGGAACAAUCAAGGGCUCGUACAAUGAAAUAUGCCAGGAAAGUAAAGCGAAAGUCUCAAAAAGACAAGGAGAUGACUCAGGUAACAUGUACUCUUACAUCUUCAUUAUCGCUUUCACAGUCGCCUUCUACGCCGUCUCUAUACUCUCUAUUAUUUUAUAUAAUUAUGUCGAAUUAUUCUCGCAUUUUGAUUGGUUCUAACUUGUGAUCAAUUGGAAGACAGAUGCAUAGAUGACGUCAUUAACAAUUUUUUUUCUUUAUUAUAUCAAACAAGUAGAUUCCAUG